CAACUAAACCCUAAAAUCACUAUUCUCCAGCAGCUUCUCUCUCCUCCAGCAGCUUCUCUCUCCUCCAACAGCUUCUCUCUCUUCGAGCUUCAACAAUGGACGACGAUUUAAUCGAUUUGAAUAUCGAUUUAAAUCGCGCAAUAGAAGAAAAAUUGUAUAAUUAUGACGAAAAUUUAGAGAAUCAUAGAGAAGUAUAUGACGUUGAAGAUGAAGAUGAAGGCACAUCUCAGCAAGUUAUGGUUGCAAAUCAAUGUAUUGAAGAAGGUUCAAUAAUACAUUCAAUUGAUACAAACCACAGCAUCUUUGAAAAUCCAAAUAAUGAGCAGGAAGAAAACAUUGAUAAAGAAUUAGAUGGCAGUUUAAUUGGAGAAGCAAGGAAAACAACCGAUGAGAUUUAUGAUCUAUAUUGCAAACAUGCUGCUAUUAUUGGUUUUAGUGUACGAAAAGGGAAGAAUAGAUAUAAAGAAGGAACUACAAUUGUUAAUGGAAAAUACUUCUACUGUUCUGCUGCUGGAAUAAGAGACCCUCCUAAAAACAAAGAACUCAAAAAUGAAGAUGAUCAAUCAGAUGCAAAGAAGAAAGAAAGGAGAAAGAGGGUUAUGAUAACAAGAACAAAAUGUGAAGCUCAAAUAUUUGCAAAGAAGAAUGAAAAUGGAGAUUUUGAAAUAGAAAAGCAUGUAGUGGUACAUAAUCACCCAUUGACAAGAGAAAUAAGUAAUUAUCUCCACCGAUCGGAACGACAAAUGACAGAACCUAAAAAAGAAGCUAUUGAGGCAAUGUCAGAAUGUGGUCUAAGACCAAUGGAGUCUUAUAGGUAUAUGUCAACAGAAACUGGCGGAGACGACUGUGUUGGUCAUACGAUGAUUGAUCAUCUAAACUACUGCUACAAGUUAAAAAUGAAGCAAAUUGAUGGCAAGGAUUCACAAACAUUAGUGAACAAACUGUAUGAUAUACAAUCAAUAGAUCCCGAGUUCUUUUUCAGAGUAAGACUCAAUGCUGAAGGAAAAGUUGAGUGCCUAUUUUGGAGGGAUUCUAUGAUGAGAGAAGAUUACAAAAUAUAUGGAGAUGUUCUAGUUUUUGAUACUACAUUUAGAACCAAUAAGUACAAUCUCAUAUGUGCUCCAUUUGUUGGUAUAAAUAACCAUUGGAAAAACACAAUGUUUGCUUGUGCUUUCAUUGGGGAUGAAAUCACAGAAUCUUUUGUUUGGGUGUUUGAAACUUUUCUGAAGGCUAUGGGAGGAAAGCACCCUAUAUCAAUUUUCACUGAUCAAGAUGCAGCUAUUGCUGCUGGAAUAGAACAGGUUUUUCCUUCUUCAAGACACAGGUUAUGCUUGUGGCACUUGAGUAAAAAUGCAAACAGUAGGUUUGAUUUAUUGAAGUCUGAUAAAAAUUUCAAAAACGCAUUCUACAAGUGUUUUAGUGGGUGUAUAACACCAAAUGAUUUUGAAGAAACUUGGAAAUCUAUGAUCAACACUUUUAAGCUGGAAAAAGAUGACUGGUUCAACAGAUUGUAUGGUCUUAAAGAAAAAUGGUGUACAACUUUAAGUAAAGAUUUUUUUUCUGCCGGUAUAUACUUUCUUCACAAAGGAGUGAAAGCAGCAAAUGUAUACACGAUAACACUUUUCCGUGAUUUUGAAGAAGAUUUCAAGCUUUCGGUGGCAAGUAGUACAAUGUUCAAGGGAAGUGUUGGAAGAACAGUGUUUGAAGUGUGGAUAGAAGGAAUAACAGGAUCAAGGCAAGAAGUUCAAUACAAAAUGGAAGAUUCAACCGUCACUUGCACAUGCAAAAACUUUGAAGAAUCUGGAUGGUUGUGCUUCCAUUGUUUGAGAAUAUUGCAUUUACAUUCAAUCAAUACAAUUCCAGAUCGUUACAUAACAACAAGAUGGACUAGAUAUGCAAAGAAACAGAUAUGGGAAAGGGUUGAUACAAUAAAAAGGGAGAAAGGUGAAAUCAACAAUUUUACUGGUUGGAGAUUACAUAUGAUCAGAAGAUACUAUAACUUAAUUUUGAAAGGGCAUAAGAUAGCAAAGGCCAGAAAAUUUAUCGAGGAGAAGUUUAAAACGGAUAAUAAAGCAGUUGAUGAAAUCAUAAAAAAGGAAGAAGAAAGGAAGGCAAAAGAAGAAGCUGCAAAGAUAGCAGAACAAGAAAAGGCAAAAGCUGAAGCACAACGACAAACACAAGAUGAAGAAUCAACUAAUUCUGAAAUAACAAUUGUGCUUGAUCCUGAUCGUGCUAAUACUAAAGGAAAGAUUUUGACAAUAUAG